CAAGUUCUCACAUCUUCCUCCUUCAUCUAGCAACAAAACCUUCCAAUUACAUUCUGAUAGUUAUUCUCACAAUUAACAAAGAAAAAUAGCAAUGGCUAUUCGGGUUCCUAGUGUUACACAUGCUAAGCAGAUGCUGCGGCAGUCAAAGCUGUUUUCAAGCCAAGCAACUUCCACUCCAUUAGAUGUUCCAAAAGGAUACUUGGCAGUCUAUGUUGGAGUGGGAGAAAAGAAGAGAUUUGUGGUUCCGGUUUAUUACUUGAAUCAGCCUAGUUUUCAGAAAUUGUUAAGCAUAGCUGAGGAAGAAUUUGGAUUCAAUCAUCCUAUGGGUGGCCUCACAAUUCCUUGCAGAGAAGACAUCUUCAUUGACCUCACUUCCCACUUGAAUAAGCUGUUCUAAGUAUCUUGUUAGAAUUAAUUGGCACAUACAAAUUUGGUAGAUUCAAGUACAUCCUCCUUCCCCUUCCACAGAGGGACUGUAAGAGAUGAGAAGAUACAUAUCUAUCCUUCCAAGAAAGUUAUCAAUAGAAGUUAUUCUUUUAUCAAAUUUUGUGGUGUCCACAAAUGUUUUUGGUCUAUAUUUUUUUGCAACUACUUAAUUAAGUACUGAUUUUUUAUUUUGGCUUGAAACCGUUUUGAUCCUUGGUCUAUAUGUUCACAUGGUUUUGUCUUGCAAGUCUGUUGAUGCGUGCAAAGCAUUGUAUAAUACAUUACCAAUGGUUUUGGUUCACAACUUGGACAAAUGCAGUUUCCUUCUUGCCUCCAACUUGGACUUAAAUAUAAGAUUUGUAUGUUUUAGAAAUUUAUUCUAAGGGAACAGCCAGUCAAGUCAGAAAAACCACCAAGACCCUGCCAUGAAGAACUCUUUUUAUCCAAGAAAAGGUAGGGCACGGAGUGUCCCAGCAUGCAUACCCUCUUAAGUCUUUUAGAAUUGGCGA